AUGGCCAAAAGGUUUCUGCUGUCAGACUCCACAGCUUAUGGAUGGCUACCUUCGCGGGCUGUCUCCGGCAACGGUGUGGAGGUGGUCCAGGAAACGAUUGCCUUCAUAAGUUGCGGAGGCAGCUUGAUUAGAAAGGGAACCUCAGGCUCGAGCAUACUGACCUUGCUGUCCAACUGGAUCAAAGAAAAUCCAGACUUCUUGCACCAAGACGCUGCCGUCUGCUGCAAGGCAGUCCCUGCAAGAGACUCGGUCCCACAGCGUUCUUAUGACGCAUUGGAACGCGGCCGCGACCAAUGGCAGGUGCCGGAAACAAAAACACCGAUCAUGCACAUUGCUCCAGAAGCUUACAAAGGCAGGACCUUGCACUUCAAGGCAGCCGUGGCAUCAACAGCGAUGCAAACAGUUGUCCAAGUCGCAUUGCAAGACUUCCCCGCUGAGCGCUUCCCAGUGCUGGUGUGCGCGGGCUGGAAUGUGAGUGAAAAAGAACACAUAGACGAGAUGCUGGCCCUUCGCCACCUGUGUGACGCUCAGGACUGGAAGAGCUUCAAGGUAGCUGUGUUUCAGCACAGCAGUGAGAAGGUAGAUUUCGCAGUCUAUUGCCAUUGCCUGCGACAGCCUCCGCCUCUGCUAUUUCAAACCAACACAGAGGACCACGACCAGGCUGCAGAGAACAAGGAUUCGGCCCCGCCUGCCUUCAUGGAACUAACAUCAGAAAGUAUUGAGAAGAUUCACGACUUAGCCCGAACGCCUUGGUACGCAGACCUGGACCCGUCGGAACUGCGACGAUUCAUUCCUCUCGGACUUCGCAUCGCCACAGAUGGCUCAAACUAUUUGGUUUGCAAAUUCUGCAAGAACCACAAAAGGAAACAGCUUCAUUUCCAAGGACCGCCAGAAGUCAGGAGCCACUUCGACAAACACAGGGACGAACCAGAAGAAUCAAUGGAAACACAUGAGAAAAAGGCAGCGAUCACAGAAGCGAAAGAAGAAACCACAGAAGACAACAAGAAGUAUGAAAAAGAAGCUGCAGAAGAAACAAAGGGAGUCUGGGCUGACGCAGGACCAGUUCCAACUUGGGCUACUGCCGACGCAGAAAGCCGACUCGCCGCCGCUGCGCAGCCUGUUGGAUCCACGCCGCUCGCCGCCCUAUUGCUUGCAAGCCUGCUGAACACAAACUCAGACAUGGCCAGAUUCAUCGACCGGGUGACCGACCUCAUCGAAUCCUGUUUGCAGCACCAGCAGCAAGAGAUGGCUACCAUCCUCACGGACUUGCACGACGUACCGGUGAUGCUGGGCAAACUCUGGCAGGCAAAGAACCAGAAAGCAACAACUUGGAAUCACAUCACACAUCCAUGGUUCGUCAAUUGGCACGUCAGAGACACAAAUUGGCCAUUGAGCAUGCCCUCAGAAAAAGGAGUUGCAGAGGUGAAAGGAACCAUCUACAGCACAGUGGCGAUUAACCUUUUGCUGGAAGGUUUGACACAGAGCAUCGACGUCGCUGGCCUGGCUGGUGAAGAUCGGACCCGCGCCUUGCGCAGCUGUUGUGCGCACUUCAACGUUGCUUGCUCCAGUCGCGGCCAUGUGUGCCGUCUCCUCCUUUCCAACAACCCCGAGAGAUUCAAGUUUGAUCUGAACCCAGCUGAUAUCCGCGCCAAGCGACCCAAGCAACCCAAGCGACCCAAGCGCGCCAAGCGCGCCAAGCGACCCAAGCGCGCCAAGCGCGCCAAGCGACCCAAGCGCGCCAAGCGUGCCAAGCGCGCCAAGCGCGCCAAGCGCGCCAAGCGCGCCAAGCGCGCCAAGCGACCCAAGGACACUUGCCCGAAUACCGGCCCAGAUUCCCAUUACUCUCUGUAG